GCCAGUAAGAAACAUCUCUCCAUGGCCUCUGCAUCAGCUCCUGCUUCCCAACCUGCUUGAGUUCCAGUCCUGACCUCCUUUGAUGAUAAACAGCAAUUUGGAACUGACAUUCUGGCUCGGGUUUCUGCCUAGCACUCGAAGCCAGUUACUAAUAACAGCCCAGUGAGCUGUGCGUCCACGGGGAGCAGAUGGUGUUUUUGAAAGGAAGGGCAGCCAUUCCCGUGACUUCGGACUUGGCUCAGUUGAACCCCUGAACGGAACUAAGGUUGCUAGGAGAACACCUGUGCCCGCAGCACAUUAGUCCAGCAGAGAGCAGGAGAGGAGAGCUGGAAACUGGUAGAGCUGUGUUAUCUGCCACCUCCUGAGGCGCUCAGGGAGCGGGAGUGUCUGAACAUGAGUGGCAAAAGCUGGAUAUUAAUUUCCACUACUUCACCCCAGAGCCUGGAAGAUGAGAUUCUGGGACGGCUUCUGAAAAUUCUCUUUGUUCUGUUCAUUGACUUAAUGUCCAUUAUGUAUGUCGUCAUAACGUCCUAGAAACCCGACUUCCUUUGUUCUGUGUGUAAAUUUCAAACAAUGCCAACGAAUAAAGAUCUACAUUUUAAUAUGA